GUAAUCUAUAAAAUGGUACACAGGCAUAAGUAUCUCAUUAGCUGCUUGUCUGUCGAGGCAUAGUUUACCACGCUGAAUCCCGUAAGUAGAUUAUCCUAAGCUUUCUGUCCCUCGUUACCACGUUGUUUAUUUCUCAGUGCUCAAACUAAACUCGCAGUAGGGCUUUUUGUCUCGCACGGGUUUUAAUUAUGUUUAUAGAGAAAUCAAAAGGGAAAGAGCCGGUAUUUCGUGGCAGGAAGAAUGUUCUGUAUCUGAUGGCUGCUGAGAAAGAGGAGGUUGGGGUAAAGGUAAUGAGAUCAGGGCUGUGACGAUGGCACAGACAACGUCAUUGGUCAUGCCAGACAUGUCACGUGAUUUGUGUACACGUUACGUCGUUACGCAGCCGGUUAUAAGGUGUGUGUAGGAUAGUAAACCGACAAAAAAGAAACCCGUAUUACAAAAUACAGCACAUUUUAUUUUUGUCAACCUUAAAGCUGCAGACACCACGUUUUCCCACCAGACAUUUAACUCUUCUGACUUUCUGUAGGUUCCUGAUACUAUUGAUCAUCCCAACCAUACAUGGUAAAGAAAUCUGAACUGUUAUACUGGCCUAGACGGUCUUCCCAUUGUCUCUUCAGUGGUCUGUUGUGUUUAAUGUGCUAUUUUAUUUAUUUUACAACAGAGGUUAAUGGAAAGUCUGAUGAUUCAGACGUUUAUCUCUUGACCUUGUCUCUGUUUGCUUUGUAGAUUCAGGCUUCAGGGAAAAAGAAAUUUUGUGUGUAUUUUGCAAAUAACACUAACUUAAGUAAGCUGCUUUUAGAGCAGAGCAGAGCAGUGCACAGCCUGUAGUAAAUAAACUGCUGGCCAGGAGAUUAGCCCUAGUGUCAUUUAAACACCGCCGCCUUGCACAGAAGAGCUAAAUUAUCUCUUCUGCAGCACGAUUUAUUUUUCUUCCCUUCAUGGGUCGUGCUUAAUAGGAAGUCUACCCUUGAGGGCCAUGUGCAUGUCCCGCUUUGAAGGGAGAUGCCAACACAUGAAAUGCAGAGUCCGAUGGAGCCGGGCAGUACGACAUUUAUAAUAAUAUCAGUAUGCCCAGAGAUCGUUUGACAUCACCACAGCCGGGACUGGCCAAUAUGAUAAAGAUAUUAUGUAUGAUGCUUAAAGACAAUUCAUUAUGAUUAUACACUCACCGGCCACUUGUAAUAAUAGAACCAUCUCUCUCUCUCUCUCUCUAUCUGAAUCUCUGUGUGUGUGUGUGUGUGUGUGUGUGUGUGUGUCUGUCUCUCUCUUUUUUUCGUCCGAUUACUGGAUGGUUGUUUUUUUUUUGUUUUUUUUUGUCUUUUUGUGAAAAUCCCAGGUUUUCCCUGUAGUUUAUAAAAUAUUCAAAGCAUGCUGUCUGUCACCUACAACCGACAUAGUCAGAACAAUUCUUCAUUCCUCCAUUUUUUUUUUCCCCCCUCCAUCCUGACAUUUGAUGUGAAGAUUAACUGAAGCUUGUGACCUGUAUCCGCAUGACUUUAUGCAUUGUCCUUCUGACACCUGAUUGGCUGAUUGGAUAAUUGCAUAAAUGAGUAGGUGUACUGGUGUUCCUUUUCAAGAAACUCCCCCCCCCCCCAAAUAACCAGUAGAACAAAUUUCGCAUGAAAAAACAGCUACAAACUUUUAUUUUAAUAGUAAUUGAAACUUUAAUUUAAUAUCUACAAAUAGUUUAUCACUAAAUGAGAAAAGAAAAAAACUCUGUAAAUAAGAGACGUCUACAAUUAUUAGAAAUAAUUUUGCAAAACCUCAACAAAGCAGACUUGGUAAAUGAACUGUUAUGAGGGGGGAGGAAAUGUUUCAACAUUAUAUUGCCAUUACCUAGCUCUAACCGCAACAGAUUUCCAUACGACUCACCACCCACAAGGUGAAAUAAUAUUAAAGUGCACCUAUUAUGGUUUUUCAAAUAUUACCUUGUAAAAAAGUCUGCAAAAUUUUAAAAAAUUGGAGCGCACGACAAACGGAGUUAUCGACUCCCAAAAGAAGGAAUCGAUACUGAACAGCUGAAACGAGUCGUUAGUGAUUCCAGACUUUACUUCCUGUACUAACCUACAUGGGUUUGUAACAGAAAGCCCCGCCUCUGGUCUUCAUCGGCUGCUCGCAGACAGACGGAACUGAAACUCGUUAUGGUAGUGGGCGUUUCCUUUUACGACACAUGCAGACUGCGCUAGACCAAUCACAACAGACUAGGAAAUCUGACCAAUCAGAGCAGAGUAUGCUCUCUAAAAGGAGGAGUUUAGAAUGAAUCCUUUAGAACAGAUCAUUGAAUGAGUCAUUUGUGACCCGGGGGUAUAACGCUGCAGUUUAAAUUAUGAGCACAUUAAAGUGUUUUUUGACCUUAAAUGCAUGUAAAUCUAGCGUAUAAGACCUAUAAAACAAAAUUAGGCACGUUUCAAAUCCUUAAUACGUGCGCGUUAACCAGAUUCUGUAAAAACCUUUUCAGAUUUAGAUUUAACCAGAGUCCUUAUGUUUCUUCAUUUCCUGUUGUGUCUGGAAUUUGAGAUUACAGCGGGCAGACAGAAAUAAAAAGCUUUCGUUUUAUUUCAGGAAGAUAGUUUUUACUUUACAUUAGAACAUUAAAAACUUAAUGUCUUAUUGUUUAAGGUGCCGUCCUCAAGCGAACUAGCUGUCAGUGAAAGCAGUGUACCAAGUUAAUGCCAGAACAUACGGAGUCCAGUUCCUGCCAGCCUCAGUCUGUCUAUCGCAAACAGCACCACCUCUGUCAAAUCCUGCGCCAUCAGCGAUGCCAACUGGCCCAGAGACCGCCAACGCCCGCCACAUCUCAGCCGGAAGCAAUUGCUGAAAGUUUAGCGCCGUACCGCGGCAAUCGCCGCCACCCUGGGAACUCAAGUGCAACUCACGUCCAUCCACCGAGGGAAGCAAAGCCCCGAGGGGCCUGAAGUAUACUGCACCAAAGCCCUCCUCUCAGGCAUGGCUCCCAUUCGGGACUCGGUCAGCCACUCCCCUAACCAAACAGGUUUGGAUCACGCUGGUCUGGACCCUCAAUAUGAGAAUUCACCCUGGAGCUCUGGCUCACCCUGCAGUGAUUCAAACAGUAACUGGGGCAAAGUAGACAGCUGUGAUAAGGGAGCCUGGCCUUCCAUCACUGGUAGUGACCCAGAGCUGGCCUCAGAAUGUAUGGAUGCUGACUCUGUCUCCAGCUCAGGGUCCGAGAAAAACCUCUGCAUGAUGGCUUCUGGGAUCGCUGGUGGUGACAGCAAUGGUAAUAGGCAAGGCAGCAAUCAAGGUUCUCAUUUCAUGGUUGCAAAUGGCAGCAAUAAUGUGGCAAAUGGGAGUGUUAAGGGUCCUUGGGGCUCAGUGCUAAGCACAUGUCAAGGUUCUGGAGAGAGUGCCAGUGACAAGCUGGCAGAAGUUGGUCAUGGAAAAAUGAAUGCAUGGGGUACCCAAGUUCCCUCAACUAAUGCAGGUGUAAAUCCAAGCACUUUGAACCCAAAUGCCAACCAUGGUGCCUGGCCCGUUCUGCAGAAUGCUGGUCCCAACUCCCAUGUGCCUUUGGGCAGUGGGAACGGGGGAACCAACACUCAACGAAGCACCAUAGGUCAAAUGCCCAGCAUGCCGAGUGUUAACUCUAAGAUGUCCUGGGGAAGCCUGCAGGAAAAGGUGGUCGAAUCUGAAGCCAAUGGUACAAGCAAGGUUCUAAGUGGGCAGCCUCAAAACCUUAACACUGAAUUUAACGGACCAAAUAACACUACUAACCCUAUGACCUCUAGUUUACCAAACUCUACAGGUUCACUGCAGAUGAAUGAACGAUCCUGGCCUGUGAGCACAGGGGGCUCCCCUCAGCUCCAAACUACUCCUGUCUCUAAUGGCACUUCCAUUUCUCAGCAUGGCAACAGCGAGGGGAUGAACAGCGGGUCCUACGGUACAGCAUGGGGUGCUCCGCCCAGCACUACUUACUCUGAAGACAAAUGUUCUGUCCCAAAAGGCCAAGCUGUGGGCGACACUGUGAACGCAACUCUAAUGCAGUCCGGAGCUAAUGGAUCUUCUGUGAGCGCUGCUUCUUUCAAAAAUAAUAACAACGGGAUGGUCAGUUGUGGAGGAGGCUGGGACUCUCAGUCCACUGCCUCUCAAAAUUUGACUUGGGGAGCAGGUAACAGCAUGGGUGCUGCUGGAGCCUCUUGUCCCUGGGGUAGCACCUCCUCUUCCUCAUCGUCCUCCUCAACGUCUUCAAACACUGGCACUAAAGUCUCGAGUGGGGAGUGGGGCGCAUUGCCCAGCAACAAUCAGCAUUCCAAUGAUGGCACAAGCGGGAGCAGGAAGGGAACAAAUGGGUGGAAGUCCUUGGAAGAUGACGCUCUUGGGAUAGGGAGCGGUGGUCAGUCGUCCCAAGGCAGCACAUGGAACAAAUCCACAGGCAGCGAAGGAAGUGGGGAAAGCUCGGGAACUCAUAGUGAGAAGGAUGGACAACGUAAUGGCAAUCGCAGGAGGGGCAACCAGCAGAGUUUGAUACAAACAGCUCUCUCUAGAACUGAUAUGGACCCAAGGGUGCUAUCCAACCAAGGAUGGGGACAGACCCCAGUCCGGCAAAACACUGCCUGGGAUGUAUCCAGCUCUGAGAAGAAGGCUGGAAAUGGGUCACAUGGAUGGGGUAGUGCUUCCCCCCAAAUGUCAAGCUCCCAAAGUGGAUGGGGAGACUCACCCAGCACCAACACUAACAAUGCUGGUGCAUCUGGUUGGGGCGAACAGAAGCCCACCUCUGGUUGGGGGGAGACCAAAGCUCAGAAUGGCUGGGAAGAUUCUUCAGCCGGAAUGAACAAAGGUAAUUCAUCUUGGGGUAACUGUAAGGAUGACAAAUCCUCUUCCUGGAGUAAUGGACAAAAGACAAAACAGAGUUGGGGUGGCUCUUCUGGAGAAGGAUGGGGUGGGGAAGGUUCAAGAGGGAACCACUGGGUGGAGCCACAGAAAUCUGGAUCUGGAGGUUGGGAUAGCGACAGUGACCGCUCUGGUUCAGGAUGGAAUGAGGCCGGGCGCUGUAACACAAACAACACUUGGGGUGGAAGUGGGAGCACUAACACUCCUGACCAAGGUGGUCAGUCAGCUGGAUGGGGAGAUUCUGUAAAGACUAACAAUCAGAACCAAGGCUGGGGUGAGCCAAUCAAACAAAGUCACUCCAACCCAGCCUGGGGUGAAGCUACAAAAUCCAGCAACCAGUCAGAGUGGGGAAAAGGCCAGGAUGCCAACGCAGGGACGUUCAGGGCAGGAAAUGGUUCUCAAACUGGAGCCAAAAACAAGUCAACUGGAUGGCUGGGAGGUCCCAUGCCUGCUGCUCUGAAAGAAGAAGAGCCGACAGGUUGGGAAGAGCCAUCUCCUGAAUCUGUCCGGCGCCGGAUGGAGAUUGAUGAUGGCACUUCUGCAUGGGGAGAUCCAAGCAAGUACAGCUACAACAGUGUGAACAUGUGGAACAAGAAUACCUCUGCAGAGCAGGAUAUUUCUCAGCAAAAACCACCUCCACCAGCCCCAAGCUCCAUGGGGCAAAAAGAGAAGAGCUGCAACUCAGGUUGGGGAGAGCCGUAUGCAGGGCCUCAAAAGGCGGAGUCCUCGUCGUGGGCAGAGCCUGCGGUGGACAUUGGCACGUCUGCGUGGGGAAAGCCGAUGGAUUCUGGGUCGAGCUGGGAGGAACCAGGAAGAGAGAAAACGGGGAAUGGGUGGAGCUCCCAAUCACAGCACAAACCCGGACCGAAGCCUGUGCAGAGCAGCUGGGAUGGUGAGAUGGCGAUGCCCGCUCCCUCUAAUUGGGAGGAGGAGGAGGAGGUGGAGAUCGGCAUGUGGAAUAACAACACACCACAGGAAGUGAAUCAGUCAGGAAACUGGUCCUACUCAAAGAAGGUCCCUCCUAAGAUGAACAAAGGCCCCGGGAAGCCUGACGAUCCAUGGAUGAACCAGUUUGUGAAGCAGUUCAACAGCAUGAAUUUCCCUAGGGAUUCUGAAGACUCCAUGAAGAGCAAUAAAAUGGACAUGCCUGCAGCAAUGAUGGAUAAGAGGAUGGAUGUGGAUAAACACAACACGAGCAUGCCAUCAGCCUCACGCCACCCUAUCCACAAAGAUCCGCCACCCAUUGAUCGCAAUUCGUACAUGGAGAAGAAUGUUAACAUGUACGGAGGUGGAAACGCAACAGCACAAGGCCGAAACUCCCAGCAGCCUCCAGCACAACCUCUGAACUCGACUCAGUCCAAUUUACGCAACCAAGUGCCUCCUCCACUGCUCCCCUCUCAGGUCCCUCCAUCGCUGUUGAAGUAUACACCCAAUAAUACAGGUCUGAAUACGAUCUUUGGCCCUCAGCAGAUGGCUAUGCUCAAUCAGCUUUCCCAGCUCAACCAGCUCUCUCAGCUCAAUCAAAUAAAUCAGCUGCAGCGUCUUCUCAUUCAGCAGAAAGCUCAGAAUCAGAGGGUCAUGACUGGCAACAACCGCCAAGCCCAAGAACAACAGGUCCGUGGCUUUCCUGCAGGUGCCAUGGUCCCGCCCCCUCGUCAUGUGGAUCCUCCCCUGCUGAAGCAACACUCCCCCCCACAGCCUGCCGCACUGCACCAGCCCAAACCCUACAUGGACAACUUCAUCAGCCUGAACACACCUGACCUGCACAAAGAACAACACACACUCAACUCUUUUACCAACUUCCCUUUAGGCUUGGCCUCAAACUUGAAUGUAAACAAUCCUGAUCUUGGUAGUGUUGGGUUCAAAGAGCCACAGUCCCGUCUGAAGAAGUGGACCGCCAUGGACGUUUCCAUUAACUCGCCACUCGAUCAAAACCCCAGCAAACCUGGUGCUAUCACCUCUCUGAGGAUUGAAGACCCUCCCUUUGGUCCGUAUGACUUUAUAAGCUCCACUAAUUCUCCCAUCAGCCCCCCUGGUUCAGUGGGAGAUGGCUGGCCCACUCGUGCCAAAUCACCUCAUGCAUCCUCUGUCAACUGGCCACCAGAGUUUCGUCCCGGUGAGCCAUGGAAAGGUUACCCGAACAUCGACCCCGAGACUGACCCGUUCGUCACUCCUGGCAGUGUGAUUAACAACCUCUCUAUUAACACAGUGCGGGAUGUUGAUCACCUCAGGGACAGGAACAUUGGGCCAUCCUCAUCACUAAACACCACGCUGCCUUCCAACAGUGCCUGGACAUCCAUUCGUGCCUCCAACCACAGCAGUUCCCUCAGCAGUACAGCACAAAGCACUUCAGCCAGAAACAGCGACUCUAAAUGGUCUCCUGGUUCAGUGUCUAACUCUUCUUUAGCCCAUGAGCUGUGGAAGGUUCCUCUGUCGUCUAAAGGCGUCUCAGCUCCGUCCCGUCCCCCGCCCGGCCUCACCGGGCAGAAACAGCCCUCCUCCUGGGGCAAUGGCUCUCUGAGACUUGGUGCCUGGGGCAGUUCUGAACCCAGAUACACCCCAGGGUCCAGCUGGGGUGAAAGCAGCUCAGGGAGAACCAACUGGCUUGUUCUCAAAAAUCUCACACCUCAGAUUGAUGGCUCCACCCUGCGUACUCUGUGCAUGCAGCACGGUCCACUCAUCACAUUCCACCUGAACCUGCCACAUGGAAAUGCUCUCGUCUGCUACAGCUCAAAGGAGGAGGCGUCAAAGGCUCAGAAAUCACUGCACAUGUGCGUGUUGGGGAACACUACUAUCCUGGCUGACUUUGCAAGCGAGGAGGAGAUAAAUCGUUUUUUUGCACAAGGCCAGUCGAUGUGCGUGUCUGCAGGCUGGCAGGCGCUAGCGUCCUCUCAGAGCCGGCUCUCGUCAGACGCCUUUUCCAGCGGCAGCGGUGGGGGUGAGCUGCACUCGUCCUCCUCUCUGUGGGGGGCACCGAGCUACUCCAGCAGCCUGUGGGGAUCCAGCACCUGCCCUGAGGGGAGCAAUCGGCUCAGCAGUCCAUCCCCCAUUGCCUCCUUCCUGCCAGUGGAUCACAUGACAGGAAGUGGCGACUCCAUGUAAUGCAUCAAAACACAACAGAAAAACAAACCCUGUGACCUCAGCGUGGCAUAGCUCAUCCGAAUCAUGACUAUAUAGAUUCUUUAUGGAGAAAAAAAAAAAUCUAAAGGCACUAGUUUCUUCACUUACAAGCGUAAUAAUAUUAAUCAUAAUAAGGCGGGGUCAACCUGUGGAAGUAAGUUACGACUUUUUCUUUUUCUCUCUUUUUUUUUUUCCUUUUUUUUUUUCUCUCUGCACAUAUGUCCACUUUGUUUUAGCCCAAAAACAAAAACAUAUCAGUGUGAAUACUUGAAUCAUGCAGGCCAAUACGAUAAUGUGAAAGGAUGCGUUUUAAACCUUCCAGGUCGUGCUCUUCAUGCAGACAUACAGGAAAAACUAAAUCUUUCAGCUUAUUCAUGUUUAUCAGAAUUCCAGUUCUUUUUAUUUUUUAUUUUUUUUUAUGUGUGUUUGUUUGCUGACAAUGUUUAAGCUUUUUUUUUUUUUUUUUUUUUUUUUUUUUUUUUUUUUAACUUUGCACUGAAUGUGGUUUUUCUCAGUAUAUAACUCUGCAAUAUCGAGGGAGCCGACAGUUCCAGUGUAGAUGUUUACUCAAGGAUGUUCUUAAAAUGCGUCUGUGUGUGUGUUUGCGAGUGUGUGUGUGUGUAUGCGUGCGUGUGCAUGUAUGUGUGCGCUCUACUAUGCCUUGACGUACGCCUACCUUAUCGUGGUAUUGUGGAGUCCGAGAUCAAGAUAAGAUGCUGACCUUUAGGAUUACCUGAUGGUGAUAUUACACGUUAAAUGAGUAUUGCACCGAUUUAUCUUUCUUUUUUUGUGUGUGUGUGUGUGUUUUAAAAGAAAACUAAAGAAUUUAGCAUUCUGCAGUCUAAAGAAACUGUAGCCACAGCUGUGACUCGCAAAAAAAAAAACAACAAAAAAAAAAAACAGCACUUUGAGGAUAGGCUUUCGAUUACUUUGGUCUUUUUGGAGGCGCCACAUCGGGUUCCUCUUGUUUACAGACUUUCGAGGGGGGAAACGUACGCUCAUUCUUCCUUCAUUUUAAAUGAGAAACAAAAAUGCACAAAAACCUUUAAAAAAAAAAAAUUAUAAAAUGAAGAGAAAAAAAUAAAUAAAAAUAUAUAUAAAAUAAAUAAAAGUUGAGAAAAAAAAAAAACCUACAGAAACCGUUGUGGAUGAAGACGAUGCGGUGUAUCUCUGGGAAAUACUGAUCAGUGUUCGGCCAUGCCGUCGGUUAUUUGAUGUAUUCCUGUCGUCUGCUCAAUAACCAGCAUGGUUCUCAGGAAAUAUAGCCAGUUUUUCCCCUCAAAUAAAAACUCCUAAUUGUAGGAAAAAUCAACUUUUAGCACUGAAACGACUACUUGGAGCUGAGUGCGUUUAUUUCUCUGCCAAAUACCUGCUUUAAGCUGGAGACAUUCUACACACCGCGCUCAUCACCUGCCCCACUCACUUCCUAAUCUCUAACCAGAAGUUCUACUACUCUUUUAUUUUUGCUCGUCUUCUCUUCUUAUUGCUCUUUUGAAUUGUUUGGUCUUUUUUUUUUUUUUCUCCCCCCCUCCCUCCCCAAUACUUUUGUAUUGAAUCCUCCCCCCCCCCCCCCAUUCUUCUAAUCCUCCUUUACUUCUUUUGAUUUUAAUUCCUUCAUUUUUCCCCCUACACCUUUACUUGUAUUCUAGCGUUUUUUGGGUUUUUUUUUUCACCCCUUAUUGCCUCAUUGUUCUUCUCCCCCUCAGUGUUCGAGUGUGGUUUAAAAGGAAAGAAAAAGCAGAAACUAUGCAUUUCCUGUAGCUCUGUGACGGAAUUGCUUUUUCUUUAUUUAAGCUGAAGUUUUCCCAAAAGGCAUUUUGAAAAGCUGAUUGUAGAUUAGCCUUCAUUUUUCAGCAUUGCCACAGAGGGGGCAGUGUUAGUUGAACUUUUAACGUCAUCUACAUUUCAUUAAACGUGUGUUUUGGGGUUUUUUGUUUUUGUUGUUUUCCCGAAGAUGAUGCAACACCGUGGCUUUUUAACUGUUUACAAAUCGAGUAUGAUUGUAACGUGUACAGGUCUCUGAAGUUCUUUUACAAUAUGGAUCAAUCUGGCUGCUCAUGUCAUUAUUAUCAUUAUCACUAUGAUUAUUAUUAUUAUUAUUAUUAUUAUUAUUAUUAUUGUGUGUUCCCUUUGGUUUCUCAGCGCUGGUGUGUGUCUGUGUGUGGACAGCUGGAGCCUCUGAUUGUGCCCUCAGAGGGGAAUGUAACCUAAACACACGCGUUACUCAUGUACAUAACCAUAUAGCGCGUUGUUGAUGCACAGAGAUGUCAGCAUUAGGCGAAGCCAUGGACCUUAAUGUGUGUGUAAGCUGUUUCUGCUCCCCAUUGCGUGUAUGUGUGCUUGAGAGAGAGAGAGAGAUAUCCAUGUUUAAACCCGUGAGUAUUAGCCUUUAUUUUGCGACUGUAUGCUGCGUGUGCCAGUAUUGAAACUUUUUAAUAACCGCUUUACCAAAUCGACUUUAAUCAAAAGCUUCUGCGCUGAAUGAUUCCACAUUUCCAUUAAAAAAAAAUAAUGAUUUAAAAAGUCAACAAAAUGCCUUGCGAUUGCACUUGGUGUGUUCAGUCACUGAUUUAAAGUGUUUGAUAACACAGAGUGUAGCUGUGGAGAGUGAGAGGAGGAUUAUACUCUGUGUGCGUGUAUGUGUCCAUUUACAUUCUAACUGUGCCCUCCUAUAAACACACUUACUUUGUGUUGCUCCUCGUGUGUGUGUGUGUGUGUGUGUGUGUGUGUGUGUGUGUGUGUGUGUGUGUGUGUGUGUGUGUCCAGUCCCUGGGGACACUGUUCCCCUUCACACACGCACACUUCCUUGAUGUGUGGUGCUCCAAACCUCUGUGUGCGCAUGCAGUUGUCCGUUACACAUCACCCAAGUGUCCAUGACUACAGUACUCUUAUUUAGCAUUUGCUUAUGUUUGUAAUGUGUGUGUGCGUGUGUGUGUGUGUGUGUUUGGUUGAGGGAAAAUGCUCAACAAAGAACACGCAUCUGCCUAGGGAGGAAUUUUCUGUGUUUUCUCUUACAAUAAUGCAGACUUAAUGAUUGAGUGUUGGUGCUGGUUUGUUCAGUGUGUGCGUUUGUGUUUCACUUCCUCUUCAUGUUCAUGUAUUGUUCAGUCUGUCAGACUCUGUGCAGUGUUAAUUCCACUUCACAUGUCCAUUUCUGAGUUUGUGCUUUGUUUUGUGCACGUGUGUGGGUUCUGCCCAUGUCGUCUUCACUGUACAUGUGAAUGAACAACCAUGGAUCUUCCUGGACUCCCCGUCCUAGUACACACACACACACUUCCUUUUAAUGUGUAUUGUUCCUGUGUGUGUUUCGCCACGGUCUCCGUUACACUCAUUACACUCUAACUACAUGCGUCCAUUACUACACUGCUGUUUAUCCGCCUAGUAUAUUUUUGUGUGCGUUAACAUGGAAAAAAAAAUCCUCUCUGAGCUUUAACAAUGGUUCUGAUUUGCGCUCGUUUAAACCCUUCAACUUGUUGACUGAAAUAGAAGGGGGGGCGGGGGGGCUUUAGCCACUGAGUUUCUUUCAUUUUCAUUUUGUCCUCUUGUAUAUGUGAUGUUUAUGUAUGAACAAGAAAACAGUUCUGUAAUCCACUGUCAUGCCAAAUCUAGGGAGAGAGUGCAGGAGGAAAGGGAGUACUCUUUAAAAUCUGGAGUGUGUGUGUGUUUAUGCUAACUGGAUGGCAACGUACAAUCCCCAUGAUGCAUAAUGGCAGCCGGGUAAAGGGGGGUGGGAAGGGGUGUAAUCUGGCAUAGACAUUCUACUUUUGUACUGAAUGAUUUUGUUUCUAAUUGAUCCUGUGAGCGAAUCAUCGCAGUGUGUGUGUGGUGGUUAUUUUUUCUUUUUUCUUUUUUUAAAAAAUAUCGUUCCUACUGUUUGCAAUUUUCGACUUUAAACUGUGAGAGCGUCUCGCCAUCGGUUGUUGUCGUUCCGAUUCUCGAUUGACAAAACCCUAAAAGCUUUAGAAAAAAAACCAGCACAAAGAGGCCGAACGAGAAACUCUUCCACCCUGGAGAACAUUCGGAGAACGUCUAUGCAGCGAAGGACGAGGCUUCCAUUAAAAUAAUCUGUGUUUAUUCUUAAUAAUAAAUAAAAUUUAAUAAUCCCAAGUGGAAUUUAAUGCUUUUUUUUUUUUUUUUUUAAAUAAAUAAAAUCCUUCAAACGCACGUGCCAUGACUGACAUCCAUUUUUUUGUGUUUUCUUCUCCAAAAAUAAAGCGGGCCAGUUGUAGCAGACUUUGGAGCAUUAUUAGUGUUAUUGUUACUGUUAAAUAUUAAUUCAGCGACUUCAUGACACUCCUCAGCAGCAAAAAUGUAAAAAAAAAAUAAAUAAAUAAAUAAUAAAAAAAGUUUUUAAACUGAAAAUACACCAUUCUGGUUUUAUGCUCACACAAUGCGCGCAUCCUCGAUAUGCACACUGCUUCGCUAGGACUGUUUUUGAAAAAUACAAAGAUUUAAAAGCGUCGCAGAAAUGACAUGAGUGAGCAGGAGGUCUCCUCAGCUUUCCUGCAGUCGUCUUUAGCGUCAAUGUGUUUUAGUUUGGGGGAAACUGCACUUUUUGAAGGACAAUCCUUAUUUGUAACGGUCAUUAUUAACAAUAUUUAGUCGAUGAAUAAUAACGAGAACACAAGGUAGAGACUCUUGUAGUGAUGAAUGUUUCCUCUAAUGCUGUUUUUAUUUUCUCUUUGUUGCUUGGUUUUUGAUUUUAGUGCCCGGUUUAAGUGGAAUAAAUCUGUAGAGUAGGUUUUUAGCUUUCUUUUUUUUUUUUCUUUUCUUUUUUUGUUGUUGCCUCUACUUGUAGACUGAUUAACUGUUUGUAAUGUUCUGAUCUUAAUAUCAGAAUACAAAGCUGUAUAAACCCGGGUACAACCCGCAAUAAAUAAAUAAAAAGUCUAACAUGGAA